AUGUUUAAAUAUGCCAAUAUUCGCGUUAAGCACAGUUUUGUGCUAAUCGUUGCAGUAUCAACUGCCGUAAUGGCAAAAACAGAAGCAUUCAAAAGGAACAUCAAGUACAGCAGCAACAGCUAUACUCAAGCCGUUCCAUGGUUGUUGUCUGUCGACGUUGUAGUUGAUGAUGACGUUGUUGUUGUUGUUGUUGCUGUUGCUGUCGCUGUUGCUGUUGCUGAUGCUGCUGUUGCUGUAGCUUCCGAAUAUUUUUUGGUUUAA